AAUUAAAACUGAAGAUUUUGUGAUGUCUCUAUAUAUGUGUUUUGCAGCCUGUGUCCACGGUGGCUCCAACAGCAGUUACAGAAGCAGGAGCACAGCCUCAGAAGGAUGUAUCUCAAGGCACUGAAGGCCCUGUCCUAACAACUAGUUCAGGAGCUGGCGUUUUUAAGAUGGGGCGAUUUCAGGUUUCAGUUGCAACAGAUGAUGCCCAGAAAGAGAGUGAAAACAAGUCAGAAGAUGCAAAGUCUGUUCAUUUUGAGUCCAGCACAUCAGAGUCCUCGGUGUUAUCAAGCAGUAGCCCAGAGAGUACCUUGGUAAAGCCAGAGCCUAAUGGGAUAACAAUCCCCAGUGUCUCCUCAGAUGUGCCAGAUAGUGCCCACAAAACUCCUGCCUCAGAAGCAAAGUCAGAAACUGCACAACCUACCAAAGUUGGACGUUUUCAGGUGACAACUACAACAAACAAAGUGGGUCGUUUUUCUGUAUCAAGAACCGAGGAGAUUACAGAGGUCAAGAAAGAGGAGGAACCAGUGACAUCUCCUCCUUUCAGAGAUUUGGAACAAGCAGUUCUCCCUACUGUGAUACCAAAGAAAGAGAAGCCUGAGCUGUCAGAGCCUUCACAUCUGAAUGGGCCAUCUUCUGACCUGGAGGCUGCCUUUCUAAGCAGGGGUAUGGAUGAUGGCUCAGGGAGUCCACACUCCCCCCCUCACCCAUGCUCAAAGAGCCUUCCCAUCCAGAAUCUAAGUCAAAGCCUUAGUAAUUCAUUCAACUCCUCCUACAUGAGUAGUGACAAUGAGUCAGACAUUGAAGAUGAAGACUUAAAAUUAGAGCUGCGACGACUUCGAGAAAAACAUCUUAAAGAGAUUCAGGACCUGCAAAGUCGCCAAAAGCAUGAAAUUGAAUCUUUGUAUACCAAACUGGGCAAGGUUCCCCCUGCUGUCAUUAUUCCCCCAGCCGCUCCCCUUUCAGGAAGAAGAAGACGACCCACUAAAAGCAAAGGUAGCAAGUCUAGUCGCAGCAGUUCAUUGGGAAAUAAGAGCCCACAGCUUUCAGGUAACCUGUCUGGUCAGAGUGGAGCUUCAGUCUUGCACCCCCAGCAGACUCUCCAUCCCCCUGGCAACACCCCAGAGACUGGGCACAAUCAGCUGUUGCAGCCUCUUAAGCCAUCUCCCUCGAGUGACAACCUCUAUUCAGCCUUCACCAGCGAUGGUGCCAUUUCUGUACCAAGCCUUUCUGCUCCAGGUCAAGGCUGUGCGAAGUUUAACUGUGCAUCUGAGCAGGUGACAUUCAAACCUGGUGGCAGAAGGACCCGAUUUCUGAGUACGCCCUGCUUGGCUCUUUGGAAGAUGGUGAAAAAAGUCUGUCCUUGCAACCAGCUCUGUAGGACCAGCAGUACAAACACCGUUGGAGGAACAGUGAGUAGCCAAGCUGCCCAGGCUCAGCCUCCUGCCAUCACGUCCAGCAGGAAGGGAACAUUCACAGAUGACCUACAUAAGCUGGUAGACAACUGGGCACGAGAUGCCAUGAAUCUUUCAGGCAGGAGAGGAAGCAAAGGACACAUGAAUUAUGAGGGCCCUGGAAUGGCAAGAAAGUUCUCGGCUCCUGGGCAGCUGUGCAUCUCCAUGACCUCAAACCUGGGUGGCUCUGCCCCCAUCUCUGCAGCAUCUGCUACCUCUCUAGGUCACUUCACCAAGUCCAUGUGCCCCCCACAGCAGUACAGUUUUCCAGCUGCCCCAUUUGGCGCUCAGUGGAGUGGGACGGGUGGCCCAGCACCGCAGCCACUUGGCCAGUUCCAACCUGUAGGAACUGCGUCCUUGCAGAAUUUCAACAUCAGCAAUUUGCAGAAAUCCAUCAGCAACCCCCCAGGUUCCAAUCUGCGGACCACUUAGUCAUACCUGGAGGCAUUAAGUGAGCAGAGUUGGGGGUGGGAGAUGGAAUAC